GAUGCAGUCGAACAGGUCGUAGCGAUCGCGAAGCGCCAGUCCUCUCCCGUCCAUCGACGUGGCCGCACCGUGACUCGUGGAUGUUCGAGAGAGACAGACAACAGGCUUGCCUGUAUAGAAAAAAAUCGUUGAAUCGAGGACGGCCAAUCGGUGGAGAGAGAGAGAGAAAGAGGAAGAGAGACAAACGAAGGGAAUCACGUUGGGACUCGCGUGGAUCAUCUCGUGGACAGUCGACGGAUUUGCAUCGAAGAGAACGGUUCUUAGUUGACCUUCGGUCCUUCGAUAGGGUCAGAUCGGUCGGGAACGGGUUACCAGGUGAACGAUUCGUGGACGCGGCUGUCGAGGUGGAAACGUGCGCGCAGCGUGCGAUGUACCACGCCACGUGACCGACCGCGACAGGACAGAACAAUUUUGCGGGCAGUGUGUGUCUCGGGUAGAAGAACGUUCGCGGGAGACGAGCUUGCUCCGUCGAACGGUAACAAACUAAGGUUAUGGUGUGUAACGUGUGACAGAGGACUCGGUCGAUCCGGAGAAGAAGGUUUUGUUGGUUUUGUGGUGAGCUGAGGACACCGGUUGGGCCCCUCGUGUGGAUAUCGUCUGACUACGAAGAUGAACCAACAGUGCAAGGUCUGCGGCGAACCGGCGGCUGGUUUUCAUUUCGGAGCGUUCACGUGCGAGGGUUGCAAGUCAUUCUUCGGGCGGACGUACAACAACCUGGGCAGCAUAUCGGAAUGCAAGAACGGAGGGGUGUGCGUGAUCAACAAGAAGAACCGCACCGCCUGCAAGGCGUGUCGACUGCGAAAGUGUCUGAUGGUCGGGAUGUCGAAGUCAGGAUCUCGUUACGGGCGUCGUUCGAACUGGUUCAAGAUCCACUGCCUCCUUCAAGAACAGACCAAUGGAAAUCAGAACGUAGCUCCAGGUGCAGGCUCGCCAUUCGGGCCGGGCUUCCUCCCGGGUUUCCUGCCCCAGCCUCAAGGCCAGCAAGGUAGCGGAGUGUACAAAGAUGGAAAGGACCGUGCUUCACCUAGUCAGGAGGACUUAGCCCUUCAGUCGCAUUUGUUACACGUAGCGAUGCUGAAGCAGGAACGCGAGAGAGGGAACAAAUCACCCCACCCGGACGACGUGGCUCUUCAGAAUCAAUUACGCCUGUUGGCCUGGCAGAAAGAGCGCGAGAGGGUCGCCGGUAACCCUCAGCAACCACCUGGAACACCUCCCAGAGACAGUACACCUCCGCCUUUUUACAAACAGCAACCGCAGCACCCCGGUUCACCAAUGUUCCCCAUGAACUUCGCCCAGAAGGAAGGCGUCUGCGUGCCGUCCAGUCCGUCGGAUGUCUUCAGACCGUUCCUGCCGACUUAUAAGAGGACGGCGGACACGCCGAGCGACAGCGGCGCGUCCUCGGUGGAUGGUGGCGACGGCCAGGACACGGAAUCCAGGAGUAAUUCGGCGUUGAGCUAUUUCAAGACCAGCGCCGCAUCACCGACCUUGUCGGAACGCGAUUUCCCACCCAGGAAGAUCAACGCUACGGUUACGUUGACGACAGGCUAUCAUCCUCAUCAGAGUCUAGGACUAGUGUAUCCACCGCCUGGUCUGGUGACACCAGCAGCGUCCCAGCAUUCGCCCAGAGGUGGCGAUCGUUUCCUGGUCAGUCCCAGUCCAGGCGUUCCGGCUGUGGAACAGGACGAACCUAUCGACCUUAGCGUGAGGUCGAGCAGAAGCUCCCCACGACCUAGCCAAUCGUCGGAAGAGGAUAACCGAUCGAACGAUAACGUAUGCGACCGCGAGAGCCCGGCGAAAGAGGAGGCCACGACGAAGAGCAAACCUCUGGACCUGACGUUGGGAGUGAAGAGGCCUGCAGAGUUGCCCAUGUCGCUGUGAAGCUUCUGACCAACUGGCAGGCCCACGACGGGCUGGUCCCGAAUUUCUUUCGUGCCGCACCCAUGGGUGCGAGUUGAAUCCUCGUUGGAGGAGAGGUUGGACCAAGGGAGAAUCGAGACGGGAUGGAAACAUGGUAGGAUGCGUAUCGGUUCUCCGAUUGCGAGGUGGAAGUUUGGAAUGGAAAGAGGUUUGAAGAUACCGGAGAAUCGAGGAGAUCGUUGUGGUGCGAGGGGAAGAGGAAUCGUUGCGCAACGACGAUCGAGCCCGCCACAAAAAUGUGUUCAAAUCUGUACAUAGGUGUCACCGAGCCGAUCCGGGAGGCGAGAGAUUAAUUUAUUGAGGCCUGAUGGGCCGUUCGAAUGCUUAGUUCCCUGUGCAGACACGUGAAGUUUCUCGUACGCGUAUUAUGCAUAGAAAUAUCGUGCCCCUGUAUAAAGAAACCGGAGAAUCGCGGAUAUACCGGCCAGUAGUGGAGUGCCUUAAUAUAAUAUAUUUAUAUGAAAUAUUCUAUAUGUAUAUGUAUGUAUACCAGCAACGGACCGCUUAGGAUCCUUAUUAUCAUCUUUCUCGUGCGUACGAUCUGUCGAGCGUCGCGUAUUCUUUGCUUUUAGUACAGGAUCGAGCGCGUAGAAGCGCGAACCGGACGAUUGUAAACGCGCCUUAAGCAUCCGUGAACCCGUCGCAUCGAGAGAGGCCAGUUAAACAGACAAAUGACGUCGCGUCGAUGUUGUAAAAUCAUGGUGCAUCUUGUAAAUAAGCAGAGGUAGAGGGAGAAACUCGUCUGCGAAUCAGAGUAACGCUUCUGUACAACCGCCUGAUGUACGCGCCUCUCGGCCAGCGUAAAGGACGAACGUUUUAUUCAUGUUUUUCUUCUUCCGACUUUUUUUCAUUUUGUACAUAAUAGCAUAUAAACGGUGAACACGAGCGGCCAGUACCUAAACGUAACGCGAAAUUAAAUAUUUUUGUUUAAUCUA